AAACCAGCACCCGCCGCCGACAGGGAACAUCGCCGGCCGAGAUCGGCUGCACAUCUGUGCUGCUUCAGGGCGCCGGAGUUCGCGUCGUCGUUCGGUAACUUGCGGGGUCAAUGGGAGGAGGGAAAGACAAGCAUGACGAGAGCGACAAGGGGCUCUUCUCGAACAUGAUGCACGGCGUUGCCGGUGGUCAUGGGUACCCCCACCAGGGAUACCCUCCGCAGGGCUACCCACCGCAACCAGGAGCAUACCCGCCUCCCCCAGGGGCGUAUCCUCCUCCUCCAGGGGCAUAUCCUCCUCCACCUGGGGCAUACCCACCACAAUAUGGGUACCCUCAGCCAGGUGGCUACCCACCUCAAGGUGGAUAUCCUCCUGCAGGCUACCCCGGCUCAUCUCACCAGGGUUAUGGGAGCAGCCACGGCGGGGGCCACGGGGGCCACAUGGGGACGGGGGCAAUGCUAGCGGGAGGUGCUGCCGCGGCCGCUGCCGCUUAUGGAGCACACAAGCUUUCUCAUGGCCAUAGCGGACACGGUGGACAUGGGGCCUUUGGAGGCUAUGGUCACGGUGGUUACGGCCACGGGUAUGGUGGCCACGGCAAGUUCAAGCAUGGUCACGGCCACCACGGCAAGUUCAAGCACGGGCACGGCAAGUUCAAGCAUGGCAAGCACGGGCACGGCAUGUUCGGCGGCGGCAAGUUCAAGAAGUGGAAGUGAUGUGCCCUCCAUGGUUGAUCGUAGCUGAACUCAGGCUUCCAGGACAUGUGUUGCCAGUAAUACCUUUUCAGCGUUACUCAUCCUUCAUCUGUAUUUCCAGUAAUCCAGCUUGUGGCGAGUGACAUAAUGCUAAUAAGUGACAUAAAUAACCAUUUGCUGAUAUGCUGUAUAUGUUGGUCUUGUGGAUGGAGCGCUCUGAAGAUUAUAUCCAUUGCCAGUAAUAAAUCGUGGCUUUAUCUGA